AUGGCAGGGUCGUUAUCUUCUCAGGACCUUUAUCAUAACAGUGCCGACGUCAGGGUUCUGGAGCGUUGCGACCGUUGCAUUUUGAGCGACUAUCGUAUUUUCUAUCUGUAGUAAGUUUAUGUAAAAUAAGAUUUUUAAAUUUAAGAUUUCAGUAUAAGCUUAUGUUAACUAAGUUGUAGUCUUCAUUCUUUUUUUUACUUUUUGUUUUCAGUGGACCAGGUAAAGAAUCCUACUGGGAGCCUCCAUUGGCAGCAUGGAGUUGCCUGUUUGGGCUUCCUUAUGGCUACGAACGUGCCAAUGACGAGUUUGGGACAAGCUACUACAUCAAGUAAGUGCUCUGCCUUGUCUGAAUACUUUUGUUUUCUAAAUACGCCUUAAUUCAGAUGCCUUUAAAGAUUUGAAAAAGCUUUAUUAUACAGUUAAUUAACCGGAAUUGAAAGCAGCGUUAUGCCCUGAGGGAAUACCAAGCAUAUGUGCCCAUAAUAGACAUUAAAGAAGAUUGAGUCUUAUUAUAGCCUUCCUUCUUUUUGCAGCCAUAUCCGUCAAGAGACGUCUUACGAGGACCCACGGUGUCUCUCCAAUGACUUGAAUUCUGAAGAUAUGCCGCCUACUGCGCGAGUAUGUCAGCUUAGUCGGAGUCCCGACCUCGGCUUCGGCUUCGUCGCGUCUUCCGAGAAGCCGGUUGUUAUUCAGUUUGUGACGCCAGGUAAGCGUUGUAAAUAGGCUGGACAGACUCUUUUCAGUUUCAAUAUUUUUUGGGAUUUUAACUAAUGGUCAAUUAAGCGUGAAGAAAUUUGAAAUUUUCGAAAAAUUAUUUUAUUUUUUUUAUAAUUUUUGUUAUCACUACAGAAUGCCCUUUUUUGCUGAUUUAACUAAUAAUUAGUGUCUAAAUCUUUUAAUUUAGGGGGUCCAAGCGAUGGUCGUUUACUACCAAACGACCAAAUCUUACAGAUAAAUGGCUACGACGUGAGGUACAGCGACAAAAAUGAAGUGGUUAACAUGAUCCGUAACACUUCUGGAGUCCUCAAACUGACGGUAGCACAGAAGUCGUCGGAUUCUCAUCAUAAUUCCUCACGCAAAGUUAGAUUCACUGAACGGGUAAAUGUGGCUGGGUCUCCAGUCGAGGUAAGUGUUUCAAUUUGACAACGAUUAUUACAUAUAUUAGAUUGUUCAUAAUUAUUUACGUUGUUACGUAGUUGAAACCAAUAUUACAUAAACGAAUAUUGUAAGAUAUUUUUUUAUUUUGACUUACAUUUAUAAUUCAAACAAUUAACUUUUCAGCUUAACUCACUGACAAUACUGCCAAACGUGUUUCGGGUAUAUUUAGAAAACGGGCAAACAAAGUCUUUCAAGUACACCGCCAACACCAUAGUUCAAGUAAGUCAACCGUAGUAAUAUCCUUAAGAACUUUUUAUAAACUAGCAUAAAAGUGUUACAGUAUUAGCAAGAAGAUUUGAUUUAUUACCUAAAAUAUACUUUCAGGACGUUGUAGACGCAUUUGUGACCAAACUCAACAUAAAGGAGCCAGAACUGUUUGCGUUAGCGACAGAACAACCAAUAACACUAGCACCAGCCAGACUGAAAGUACUACGAAGUAACUGUAACAUUGAAAAGGUAUGUCACCACAACCUUUUUCUUACAUAAGUUUAGGUAAUAAAAGACACGUCAUCGUCCAGACUCAGAUUCCGUCUCAGAAUCGUAUUUCCUACCCGCGAUGUCAUAUCGUACUCUGUAGACGAUCCUAACGGGUUUGAAUACUUCUACCAUCAGUGUGUUAACGACUUUGUAGAUGGGCGAUUUGUGGACAUGAGAUACGAAGCUUGUCUACGGUUGGCAGCACUUCACAUACGACAAGUUUGGUUCGAUUCCAAAGGCAAAGUACGAGUAGAUCUGGCCAAGAUAGAGUAGGUCUGCACCAAAACGUUGUCUUUAUUGUUAUUUAUUAGUGUAAUAUAACAUUUCCUAGUAUUAUAGUGUUAAACUAUACCUAUUUUAGACGAGAUUACGGGUUGGCGACAUUCCUUCCGACGAUUUGGCUAGAAAAAGUUCGAAAGAAAGAAAUCAACCGCCAUCUGAGGUUCUUUCUGAGGAAAGACGACCACGGCUUCGACAGUCUGAGGACAUUGUCGAAGCAACAGACCAAAACAGCUGAAGACACGAGCUUGUCCAAGAUCCUUCGUAUCAAAUAUGUCACCAUCUUAAGUCAUCUUCCUGGAUUCGGAGGAAAGUCUUUCAGAGUCAGCUACAAACCCACCAACAUGGAUAUGAUCAUGCAGGUAAGGCUACUAAUUAAAUCACCAAAUUGGUAUUUAAUAUAUUAUAUUAUUUAAGCGGCAAAUUGUUUACGUAUUUGACUAUUUUUGGUGUAAUGGUACCAUUUAUAAACCAACCAAUCUUCAGGUAGACCCAAAAAUCGGCCUGGUAGUUAGAUAUCCUGGCAAAACGACGCUGCCGGCCAUGACGAUAAACCUGGAUCUCCUGGAGUCGCUGUAUAUCUUCCCAGACUCUGACACCACCAAUAUGUUGAGUCUGAAACUGUCACCCAACGUCAACUCUACUCCACGGAACUUGGAGUUUGUGGUGGAGAAGGAGGACUGCGAAGACUUUGCUUCGUACAUCGUCGGCUACACCAAGGUGUUGUGCGGAAAGGACAUCGCGUGUCAGGAGACUGAUGCCGCCGAGAAAAGGGGCAGCUCGGGUAAGCAAAGUGCACGUUAUACAUGACACCCACCACAAUAACAGCAUAUUAUUGCUAAUAAUUAGUGCUUUGUAUUAAAUAUACAGUAACACGUACAUACUAUAAAAGACUGUGACCGUACUCUUUACUAGUACACAAUCUUGUUUUCAGCUCCUGAGUAUCGUGGUAUCCAUUUCGUAUGUCCCGCCGGUUGGAAUUACAGUAGCGAUACCAACCAGAAUACGGAGAAAACGGUAGACUUGGCCAUGGGUCCUCCAGUGUACGAACAAGCUAUGCUACUGACAGCCACGUACCCAGCCGAAGAAAUAAAACUCAUCGAUCCUCCCCAAGAACCGGAACGAGAAGAAACACCAACAUUCAUCGACGAAACAUCACCGAUUCUGUCAGAUUCCACAAAGUUAACGACCGAUGGACUAAAGUCUAGUUUAAGAAGACCGUCGCAACAACAAAGGCUAAAGGAACUUCUGAUUGGUACAGCUAGUUCCUUCUGGUCCAGUGCAAAAAACAAGAAGAUCCGUGAUUCGUUGAGGAUUCAUCGACAAAGGUAAUGAAAUCAUGUUGUUGAAAAACACAUUUAAUAUAAUUUUGUUAGUUAUUACUUGAUAUGAUAACUAAAUAUUAUCAUAUCAGUGAAUUUGUUUAUCUGUUGUCCGUUUAGAACCCUUAAUCUUUGCAGACACUCGAUCCCCAACGGUCAGCCGGCCACUUCGUCCAACACUGUAGCCUUCGAAGACCGUCGUUGGUCAGUAGCCCCACCACACUCUGGCUACACCACAAUACCACCUUCGAACACAGAAAAUCCGUCUCGGAAGUCUUCAGAAGGCCGCCGUACGUUGGGCGCCAUCCGCCUAAUCAAGAACGUACGUUAUGUUUUGGCAUAAAUCCCCUCGAAUCGUUUACCAAUACGCCAAUUUGGGACCUCAAUCUCGUGAAUGGCCCAGUUGUUAAUGUCGGAAAAUGCAUUUCCCAUUCCUACCAAUUUUAUUUCGCCUCGAGGCUUCUUAACCAAUCAGUUAUUUCGAGGAUGAAGAACUUGGCUUGCUUUAUUCCUCUAAUCUCGUGGCCUUUAUCAAUUUGAGCGAGUUGUAAAUACGUAGAUGUAAAGGCCGUGUAACGACGUCUAUAUAAAGGCCUGCAGAGACCUAUAAAGACUACUACAAGAUCGUAGCUCACGUGUUUACGUCGGUGGCCCAGUAAACAGGAAACGAUUUACUGUCUCACAGUAGUAGGAAUGGGUCGGUAUACCAUGUCUCAAAUCCCAAAACCUAAUCUAGUUUCAAAUGGCAGGAUUAGGGCCAAGUUAAGGCCUCCACAUCUUUAAGAUGGUUAACAGCCCCGAGGGACCGCUCUUUAUAGAAACAGUAAAAAUAGAGGCCAAUUCGAAAAGGCGGAAAUGUUUUUCAAAACAUUAUUAAUAUAUGUUCUGUUUACGUCGUGCCUACCAGAUAUCUCGACCGUUCGGAUGGCCCUUUCCUUACCUUUUGAUUUUGUUGUAUUAAUGUGUUUACCAUAGUAAUUUCUGACAAUGGCGUCAUAAUAAUAUAUUGCAAUCUCAUUAUAACACGAUAUUAAUAUUGCUGGUUAUUAUUGCCAUCUUUAUGACAUUGUCCAUUUCAGAGCCCCACUCUAAGUCGAUUUGUACCAUUAAGUCGCAAACCGACCUAUCCCCAGCAGAAAAAGGCCUUGGAACAAGUCCGCCGUGCAUUUUCUCUGGACGAGGGUAUGUUGAAAAGUUGUUUCCUACGUUCCACCGUACACAUGUUCGACUUUUCCUUCUGUUCAUAAGCUAAUUUGUAUAGAAAACAGAGGGAACAAAAGAAAACAAAGAUAUUCGAAAGACAUUUCACUCCUUGGGCAGCAUUAUAUGUGAAACCAGUCGCUUUUACGGCACCAUUAAAUGGGCACCUAUCCUGAAACGCGUUUCUUGUUAUUACUUUCCCAAAAUAAGUGGAAUUCCGAUAGCUUUCGCUUCCCUUCUUAUUCCUUUUUCCGGCGAGCCCGUGUGUGUCAUUCUGGCCGAGUGGUCUAAGGCGCUGCGUUCAGGUCGCAGUCCUCUUCGGAGGGCGCAGGUUCGAAUCCUGCGGAUGACAGCAAUCUUUUUGUGCAUUUUAAAGUUAUGUUUUUUGAGAAAUUGACAUAUUUUUACUAUUUUUAGCUUUAUUUUAUAUUUUUGAUAGUUUAAAAAGUACAGUGUUGUGUAUUAUGUACUGCUUUUUGUAUUGUUUUGCAACAUUCCCCUGUAAAGCUACCCUUUUCAUAAUACACAUGAACGAUUUAUUUUACUGGAUUUCAAAAUGGCCACAAAUAUCCGGUCUUGCGCACGCAACCCUCUAGGGAAAGUUUUGGUUGAAUGCACUGAUUCCAUAGGCGAGGCGCAUUUACUCAUCCGAAAGCCGUGUCACAGAUAGCCCUGUUGGUGUAGGUUGUUGUCAAACAGCAAUCAUACAUGUCUAUCACCUCGACACCGUGCCCCUGCCUACCGUUGAUGUGUGAUGGUUUUAGAACGGAAACACGUUCGGUUCGACUUUUCCUGUAAUCUCAUUCAUCAUCCGCCGCCUUCACCCACCCCAUCCCUGGACACGCUCGCUGGCGACGUUGAACAACGGGCAUUUGUCACUCUAAAGGAUUUUGAUACGAACCAAUCAGUGGAGUUUAUCUCCGCCACCAAGCUCCUUCCUACUUCCCAGACAUUCCCCAUGGACAGUCGCGGGCUCGAGUUCACCGAAGACUUUGUGCCAAAGUCAUACGAACAGAACAACGUAUGUGUGAAUCCACAGAAGCCCACCAUACGGAGAAUGUCGCUCAAGGAGUUCUCCGGCCUCGAGGCGUCUUCCACGCAAGACAUUCCACGACACAAGUAAGCCGUCUGUUUAAUAUUGAGCCUAGUAUGAAAAGUGCCAUUUCUUUUUGAAAUAUUAUAAAAAUGAAAGUCAAUAUGACUGAGAUGUUGUUAAUAUUACAGACCCUAUCAUUGUAAAUUAAACUUUUCAGCUCAACAAUCCCCUAUGCCUCAGGCUCUCCCCUACUGCAACGUCUCCAUUCCAUGUCGAUCUCGUCGCAACAGUCCAACUACUCAGCCUUCAUGGACAAGUACAACUACAAACGGCACUCUUCCGUCGGAAUCGGUCGAAUCAGCAUAUCGCCCGGGGGGAUUCGGCGUGGUAGCCGAGAACAUCUCUGUGAUCCCUUCGACAAAGCCAUUGAUGACAUGAAUCUACAGCUGGACAAGGUGCAAGAGCAUUCCACCAUCAGUCAGAGCAUGGCUUUGAACAAUGAACCUCUCACCGAGAACCUCAUAGACGUAUCAGUCAUCGAGAACGAGGAGAACGCUACACACAUGUACGUUGAUUAACUAUGAAUUGUGAACAAAAUACUGUUUCUAAUCUAUGUUUACCUUGACCAACACUACCUUUUUAUGUUUUCCUAAAAUUAACCAUGCAAAAAGCAAUCACAUUUCUUGUGCCAAUUUAAAUACUACCCUUUAGAUUGUACAAAAUCAAGUCCAGACUAUCAAAGUCAAUAGACAACGUCCCUAAUGAAUCCCCAAAACGACGUUUCGAUGUUGGAGGCGAGAAGAUCUACUUGUUACAAGAACUUAUCAAACUCUCUUCAAUGUAAGGCUUGAGCAGGCAUCCUAUUGUAUUCAAGCUUUUAAGGAGAUAUUGAUGUUGUCAAUUCUUGAUUACUUCUACAGUAUUAUCAAAUCUAUUUUUAACUCUACUGUAACAAAAUUAGUGUUAUUUCUAUUAGUUUUGAUAUAUUUACGUUCAAAUGUAAAUAUUUUAUGUUAUUUUAGAUGCAAGACCUUGAUCAAAGCAGUAAGUGCAGCCCUGGAGCACAAAGACAGACUGCAGGCAGUCUCCAAUGUGGUCAGGUCGACUGAUCGUGUUAUCAAUUUGUGUGAAUCGUUCCUCGGAAAAAGCCAUUCCGUCUACCAAUCUCAGCUGCUGGAUGUCAAAGCUGAUCAGGUAUGCUACAGUUUGUAAUGCAUACGAUAUUUUAAUCGUAUACAUUACAAGAUUUACCCACUUUUUGACCAAGCCGGUAACAUAAUAUAGUGAUCGAACUUUGUGUUUUGAUAUAAAACGGUUCGAAAUUCAGAUGCUGAACUCGCUGAUAGACAUUAUCAAAGCUGUUUUCGGCGCUUUCGACAAACCCCGCUUCUCAGACGAGGCCAAACACCUGAACCGGGUCACUACUUCACUGACAGCGUCGCUCACUCAGCUGGCUCAAAUCGUUCCGCAAUUAUAA